CCUGAACAUGUUGGAAGGCGUUAGCUCGCGUUUUUAUAGUUACGCAAGUUUUAAAUGAAUAAAGUUGUAAAUAUAAAGUCUUAUAUUUGUUGGAAACGACAUGGGGCUUGUAAGACACGUCGUGUGCGCCAUGUCGGGUGGAGUUGACAGCUCUGUGGCAGCUCUCAUAUUAAAGAGAAGAGGCUACAAUGUGACAGGGGUGUUCAUGAAGAACUGGGACUCUCUGGAUGAGAGUGGAGUCUGCAGCACAGAGAGGGAUUGUGACGACGCCUACAGAGUGUGCCAGACUCUGGACAUCCCCUUCCACCAGGUGUCGUAUGUCAAAGAAUACUGGCACGACGUAUUUAGCAACCUGCUGAAGGAAUAUGAAAAGGGCAGGACACCAAACCCCGAUAUACUCUGCAACAAACACAUCAAAUUCAACCAUUUCCACAAGUACGCCAUCCACACUUUAGGUGCCGACGCCAUGGCAACCGGUCAUUACGCUAGGACGUCCCAGGAAGAUGAGGAAGUUUUCCAGCAGUUGCACACGACCCGACCCACCACACUGUUCAGGGAUCGAUUCGAGAUCAGAAACCCCGUGAAGCUGUGCAAAGGAGCCGACCUGGCCAAAGACCAGACCUUCUUCCUCAGCCAGAUUUCGCAGGACGCCUUACGGCAGACCCUCUUCCCACUCGCCGGACUCACCAAGGAGUUUGUGAAAAAGAUGGCUGCUGAAGCAGGGUUUCACCACGUGUUAAGAAAGAAAGAGAGCAUGGGCAUUUGCUUCGUUGGAGAGAGAAAUUUUGAAAACUUCAUUUUAGAGUAUCUGGAGCCUAAACCUGGGAACUUUGUGUCUAUUGAGGACGGGGCUGUGAAAGGAACGCAUAAAGGUUGGUUUACGCUGACCCUGGGCCAGAGGGCGAAGAUAGGUGGCCAGAAGGAUGCCUGGUUUGUGGUCGAUAAAGACAUUGUCACCGGUGAUGUGUUUGUGGCUCCAACCACCAAUCACCCGGCUCUCUUCCGUGACACGGUACGGACCGACCGCUUCCACUGGAUCGCCUCGGACCCGCCCGCGGAGCUGGUCAGGACCCAGAUGAUGGAGUGCCACUUCCGCUUCAUCCACCAGAUGGCGCUCAUUUGCAGUUCUCUACAAAGGCGACGAAUGCCUGGGCAGCGGCAAGAUCACCCAGCUGGGGCCCAGCGAAUUCACGCUGCAGAAGGGACGCGAAAGGCUAGUGGCGAGCCGGCAGCAGAACGACGAGCCGAUCCCCGAUCCAGUCGGCUGAGAUCAGAGAUCAGCGCUCCGAGUGCGACCAUCUUGGAUCUGCAUGUCUGGUACAUUAGGCAGCACGAGGAGAUGAUUAUAGUGAUUUCACUCAACCUUUCGGUCCCGACGGUGUUUGUUAUACAAGGAUAAAACAGUAGGAGGAAAGGGUUAAGUUUUGCUGCUGGGUGCUUUGAUAAAUCUUCUGUAUCCUAACAUCAAAAUGAAGACUUUAUUGUAAUAAGAUAGUUUACUGAGGAAAAAUAAUAGAUUUCUAGACCAUACGCUACUACUGACUUCUAAAAGCACACAGACGGUCCAGUUUAUAUUUAUUCUGAAACUGUAUAAUCUUGUGUAAAUGUAUUAAAAAUGUGUAAAGUUAUUUUUAUAAAAGAAUCAAGAAGGAGCCGUGACUCAAAACAGUGAGGUUUUGCAAAAUAUUCGCCGAUGGGAAAAGUCCAGCAUUUUCACAUGGGAGACCAGCCGUGUCGAAGGAUACACCAUGCCUGCAGCAAAGCACGGCGGUGGCUUAGUGAUGCUGGUGGGCUGCAACGCCUCCUCCAGAUCUGGAGGGCGAGACGGGUCCCAUCCUUUGACGGAACGUCACGUCGUCCGAGUCUGGGAAGAUGAGAUCAAAGUUAGAGAUGGUAGGUUGCAGCCAUUUUGUUUGGUGGGAGCACUGCGCCACUAAUAAAGCACAGUGAUGGUGGAGUGGCGAUAUGAGAUUUUUUUUUUUUUUUUUAAGUCACAGGACCUCGGUGCCUUUCGGUCACUGAGUUGAUUAUGAACUCCUCUAUAUGCUGUUGUAUAAUGUGAAGUUAUGUGACUUGAAAUGGGUCGUAAAGCAGAGCAACUAUCUGAAACAAAUCCAGAACCAAUAGUCAUAAACCUUAUAAAAAAAAACUUAAACUAAAAUGUAAUGAAAAAGGGAGGAUCGGACAGAAAAUUAUUGCUUCAACGUAUUAUCUGUGGAUGUGUUUUAAAACAAUUAAAACUUGGGGUGUACUUAGUUUUUCCACCUGUAGGUUCUCCUUUUUUGUCCUCAUCUCUUUGGUACCAAGUGAAACGGUGGAAUCUGUUUCAUGCCAGUUGUAGAUUUUAAAGUGAGAAACAGAUCAGGAUGUUUGCAUUAAAUGUUCUGAUACAUUUAAACUGUAAUCUUCUGUCUUUUUUUGGCUCUAAUAUAAGUUUUUGGCGUUUUAGAAAAACUUCCAGUCAAUUGGCAUGAGACUGUUUUGAGUUGUGAUCUGCUCACUUUCAUUGUAGCGUUUCUUUCUGGAAUGUCACAGAUGUAACAAACGGAACUCAUAAAAAUGAUUCAAUAAAACUGAAGGUU